AUGAAUGCAGAAUCCAAGCUCAUUCGUCUAUUCGAAGAUUUAGAUUUUGCUGCUGAACCAGAUAUGUUCGAAAGCAACAAGGAAAAUGAAAUAGUCCAGGAUCAUUAUGGUUCACCCAUCAAGAGAAAGCCUCUCAUAGAAAAGUACAAGACUAUGGGAGAUGUGCCAAAAGUCAAGAAAUGGAACCUACGCAGUCUGGAUGUGGAGCCGCUGUCCAGCGCAACUACAGAAAAGAAGAAUGAAGAGGAUGAUAAACAUACGGACUCUUCUGUUAUUGACCAUACCAUCAGAGAGCUUCAUGAAGUGUACCAAGCUACAGAGUCCGCUACUUCUCCCAUCGAGACGAUAGCACAAUUGGAGAAGCUCAGGCAGUAUUGCUCCAUGACCACAAUGGCCAUACCCAGUGUCAGACUCGAGUCCACAGAUAGGAUAGAAGUCAACUACUGUAAACUCUUGUUGGCAUACAGCAAGCUAGCCAGAGUUCUCACCAAUAAGAACCACGAAGUCAUUCUUGCCAACUUCAAGCAGAACUUGCUUAUCAACACUCUAAUCGGCUCGUUGCAGCUGCUGAUUGAAAGCGAAGCUGCUGAAGCUAAUCAUUUCGAAGAUACUACAUUUGAGUCAGAGAGUUUUUGA